ACAGAUUGAACCGUUAUCUGUUUCAGACACUUACGAUAAGUUCAAGAAAAAGAAGCUGAAAGCAAAAUCCUUGUUUCCAGUGACAUCAUCUGCUCUCAACCACAGCAAGGCUGUACUACAUGAGGAUAUUCUUGACUUGAGUCGGAUCCUAGCAGGCUCCGCCGAUAUUGUUGACAACAAACCACAUUUGGGACUGUUCACGGACAGGUUGGGAGCCCACAGAUGCCUCUUGCAAGAGA